AUUUUAUCAAUGUAGGAAAACUUUCCAAAUUAAAAAGACUUUCAACAAGAGAAUUAACUUAUCAAAUAGCAAUUACUACAAUAUUGGGUUAAGGUCUCUAAAAAUCUUGAUGAAGAAUAUGAAGAAAUUCUUUAAUUGGGAUCCGAUUCUGAUCCAAAUGAUAUUAUUAAUGCUUUGUUUAUUAUAGAAGAUGCAAGAUAAGAAUAAUAAAAGGUAUAAUUAUAAAUAUUCAUUUAGUUAGAAAAACAAUAAUUAGAGGCAUUAAAGAUUUAAAUUGAAUCAUAGAAAUAAUAAAUUAAUGAUUAAAAAUAAUAAUAAAAUGAGAAAUCCUAAUCAUCAAAUACGAAACAAGAUUUUAACCAAGAAAUUCGAUAGUUAGAAAUUAAAAUAAAUGAAUUAUCAUUAGCUCUUGUCCAAAGUAAAGAAGAAAAGGUUUAAUACAUGGAAUAAGCUCAAAAAUAGAUAUAAUAUCUUAAAGAAUAAGAAUUAGAAUUGAAAAGCAAAUUAUAAAUACUUUAAUUUGAAUAAUCAAAAAAAUCUUCAUUUGUUGAACAAGAUGAAAAUGCAACAAAAAAUUCUAAAGAUUAUAUUGAAGAGGAUAUUUCAAGGUAAUCUGCUUCACCUUAAACUUAAAAACUUAAAUUAGAUUAUUCGAAGUUAAGUCUUGGUUAAAAUUUAAAAAAAUUAACAAAAGUUGAUUAAGUUUAAGGAGCAUCAUAAGCAUCAUUUAGGUUUGGAAAUAAAUGA